GAAAACAAAUGCCAUGGAGAAUUGAAUCCUUCUGUUCUAAAUCCGUGCUGCGAACUAAGCUAGAAAGAUUAUUAAACAAUUUUUAGGGAGUGAAAAUAACACUUUAAAAUGACACAAAACAAAAUAGAAACUUGCCAAGAAGAAUUGAAUUAAACCUAAAAUACUAAAGUGCCAAUAAAUAUAACACGUAUGCCAACCAAAUAACAAAUUCUGUGAGGAACAACAAAGAAAAGAUCAAAAGACUGACUGCCCUGGCUGCAAUAUGUUUCACAUCCCAAGCAGAAGCUCCACGUACCAAAGCGAACAGGAGAGUCAUCUGUGAAAAAACAACCAGCUGUAAAUAUUAGGUACUGUAGAAAAUGUGUGACUAAAUGCAGUGUUUCAAGCAGCAGCAAACCUACACAGCAGAUCCUCGGGAUUCAUCUUCUCCUACUCCAGCACUGACACAAAACUUUCUGCUUUUUGAGAACUCGAAUAAUUGUGGCAGCAUUUAUCAGCACAACUCACCGCUGCACCAACAUUCCCCGGUCAACAACAAAAACAACAACUGUGAUAAUUAUACAUCCGUAAUAUCGCCCACUAACAAUAACAACGGCAACAAUUCAUCCUCGUCACCUUUGUCAUCAUCCCCGUACGGCUCCCAACUGCUACAAAUGCCACAUUUCGGUUUGGGUGGUGGUCCCGGCAUGGCUAACAACGCAUAUGCACAGACACCACCUAGUCCGCCUUUGCAUCAUGCCGGCGGAGGCGGUGGAAAUGGUGGCUUAAUGCCACCAAGUCCACCACAUCAUCCUGGCCACAAUCCCCAUCAACAGCAACAACAACAGCAGCAACAUCAUCCCCAUCUGGCCAUGAUUCCACGAAGUAUGGGUAAUCCGGGAGGUGGUGGUGGAGGAUCAAUCAUGUCGACAGGACUAAAUACAUCGGUAAAUUCAAUAUCAUCUGCCACAUCUUUCCGAUCGCACAUAGAAGAAAAGAAACUAACCCGCGAAGCAAUGGAACGCUAUAUGAGGGAGCGUAAUGAUAUGGUCAUUGUAAUAUUGCACGCCAAGGUUGCCCAGAAAUCUUAUGGUAAUGAGAAACGUUUCUUCUGCCCGCCACCAUGCAUUUACCUGUUUGGCAGUGGUUGGCGCAGACGUUACGAAGAAAUGCUGCAGAAGGGUGAGGGUGAACAGGGGGCUCAACUGUGUGCAUUUAUUGGCAUUGGAAGUGCGGACCAGGAUAUGCAACAACUGGACUUGAAUGGCAAACAAUACUGUGCCGCGAAGACCUUAUUUAUUUCCGAUUCGGAUAAACGCAAACAUUUCAUGCUGUCCGUGAAGAUGUUCUAUGGCAACGGUCAUGACAUUGGGGUCUUCAAUUCGAAACGGAUCAAAGUGAUCUCGAAGCCUUCCAAAAAGAAACAAUCCCUAAAAAACGCCGACCUUUGUAUAGCCAGCGGUACCAAUGUGGCGCUAUUUAAUCGGCUGAGAUCACAAACGGUAUCUACGCGUUACCUUCACGUGGAAAAUGGCCAUUUCCAUGCAUCGUCUACACAAUGGGGUGCAUUUACAAUACAUCUGUUGGAUGACAAUGAAUCGGAGUCUGAAGAAUUUCAAGUUCGUGAUGGCUAUAUACAUUAUGGUGCCACGGUAAAACUGGUGUGUUCGGUAACGGGGAUGGCGUUACCACGUUUAAUUAUCCGUAAAGUGGACAAACAAAUGGCCUUGUUGGAGGCCGAUGAUCCAGUCUCACAGCUGCAUAAAUGUGCUUUCUACAUGAAGGAUACGGAUCGCAUGUAUUUGUGUUUAUCACAAGAGAAGAUAAUACAGUUUCAGGCGACACCCUGUCCCAAGGAACCGAAUAAAGAGAUGAUAAAUGACGGUGCCUGCUGGACAAUUAUAUCAACGGAUAAAGCCGAAUAUCAAUUCUAUGAAGGAAUGGGACCUGUCUCUUCUCCCGUCACACCUGUCCCUAUAGUAAAUUCCCUGAAUCUCAAUGGCGGUGGUGAUGUUGCUAUGCUAGAAUUAAGUGGUGACAAUUUUACCCCGCAUUUACAAGUUUGGUUUGGCGAUGUUGAAGCUGAAACGAUGUAUCGUUGCACAGAAACGCUUCUAUGUGUGGUGCCCGAAAUAUCUCAAUUUCGCGGUGAAUGGUUGUGGGUUCGACAUCCUACUCAAGUGCCUAUAUCUUUAGUACGCAAUGAUGGUAUCAUCUAUGCAACAGGUCUAACGUUUACAUACACCCCCGAGCCAGGACCUCGUCCCCACUGUACACAAGCUGAUGAUGUUAUGCGUACGUCGCGACUCAAUAACAAUAACAUAACAACAAUGAGUAAUAACAACAGCAGCAGUAAUCUCGCCUCGGCCCAUUCGCCCGGUGAGUCUGGCCUAAAUGCCAACAACAACCAUAUGCAGCAGCAGCAGCAACAACAGCAGCAGACAUUGCCAUCAAUGUCGGAAGUGCAAUGGAAUACUCAUGGCGGCGGUUUGUCCUGAGUGCUGGCCAGUGUUUUUGGUUGGCAUUACAAAAUAAUUUUGUAACCCAUGAGAACAGUUCAUUUGCAUGAAUAUUUAUUUGAAAUUAUCAUUGUGUUUUUAAAUUUCAACCUCCCAUCUUCCCAUGCCACUCAACAACCAAACGUUUUAAAAUGUCCCAUACCACACACAAACAUUCUUGUCAUUUCCAGAUUUAAUAAUUUCUUUAAUAUUAUUAAGAUAAAAACAAAGAUUUUUUUAUAUUUUAUCCAAAAUUUUAGUAUUAUUUAUAGUUUUUUAUUAUUAUAAAAAUUUAUAUUAACACGAGUAUUGUAUAUAAUAUUGAGAGUUCUUUUUUCAAAUCAUGUAGCUUCAUUUAAUGCAUACAUUUAUUUUAUGUAGUAAUACUGUAAGGAAACAUGUAUUUAUAUACAUAAUAUAAGAAGGAAAACCGCAUUUUAUAUAUACAUACACCCAAAAAGAAAAACAUAAAUUGCAUAUACAUUCUAGAUAUAUAUAAAAGUUAACUUAUAACUUGAUGAUAAGGUCUUUUAUAUGAAUAACUUAAAAAUUAUAUAUAAUGUUUUAUGUGACACACAUAAACCGUAGGCCUAAUAUACUUUUAAUCUAUAAUCUAAAGAUGUUUCACAGAACAAACAAGAAAAAGACAACAGAAAACCACAUAGUUUUAAUUUAUUUAUAAACAUUUACAAAAAAGAAAACAUGAUGCUACAGCAAAAAUAAAAUAUAUAUAAAGGGAUCAAGUCGAAAUGCGAUACGGCCUCAUCAAUUAAAUUUCACUUGCUCAACUCGAAAGAGGAAAUGAUUAAAUUUUUAUUAAGUUUUAAAGAUAAUUGUGUCCUUAAUGUAAAAUCUUCAAAAUCUACACUUAAUGCUACAUUAAAAUAUAUAACGAUUAACCUUUAGGAGAUGCUGCCAAAUCUUGGGUAUGAAAAUCAUGAUGGUAAAAUUCAGACGAUAAAAGACCCUAUUUGCAUAACUUAGAACGUUUAAAUUUUUCAAAAAUAAAAAAAUCUCAGCAUUCCACUCAAAUCAAUCAAUCAAUCAAUCGAAAACUUAUUUAAAUUGUAAAAAUAUUAACCAUGGCUAAUCAUUGUUCGCAUUACGAAUAGGUCACUUGGAAUGUACAACAUUUUUAACAUUGUAGCGCCGUGUAACUUGGAACAAACAGAAAAGAAAAUCCACCCUAUGAACAAACAACCCACAAAAAUACAGUAUAUACAAUUAAGAAAUAAAAACAAAUUCGUAUUUUUUAAAAAAAGUAA